AUGGGUGGCAUCGAUGUCAUCUCAUUUGACAUGCUAUUGCACAGCUAUCACCUGCUCUUGUUCAACGACCCGCGCCGCAACUUCCGGAGAGUCGUCGCCAUCAAUGAGUCUAAACCGGCCACCGCCGGAGAGGUUAAAAGUGCGGUGUCAGAUGUCCGUGACCACCAAGAUGAGUCAACGACACCGCAAUACGUUGACCAGUCAUACCCUGUCAAGUGGAGUGAGAGGUUGCCUUGGAUUGGGACGCUCCUCCACUCGAUGCGUUUCGUGGACUGGAAGAUUGGAGUGCCUUCUCAUGAUUCCAGACAACCUGACCGUCAUCCAAAUCCUCCAAGCCAUUUGCGCUUCAUACUCACGGCUAUCUUACGGACCUUGACUGGUUUUGUUGUAGUGGAUCUCACGUCUGCCUGGACACAGCAAGACCCUUACUUCAAGGCCUUUGGUGUGAGCAUUGAUUCGCCUCUGCCAAAUACAGGAUUGAUUACGUUAAUACCACCUCGGCUACUCCGAUGUACAGUCAUGGCACUUCAGGUCUGGGCGACAGUUGGUCAGCAGUUCCAACUACCCUGCUGCCUACCGGUAGCUUUACAUUGGGCCGGCUACCUUUCAGAUCCCUGGAGCCCUCACCUGUGGCCAACCUUCUUCGGCAGUUUUAGGGGUGUCUUUACAACCCAAAAUCUUGGUGCAGUCCGCAACUUCUGGGGUCGCUACUGGCACCAGACCUUGAGGCACUAUUGUUCAGGCCCAGGAGUCUGGAUUGCGGACUUCACGCACCUCCCUCGCCGCAGUUAUUACCGUUACUUCCUUCUAGCUGCCACAACGUUCUUCUUUUCAGGCAUCGUGCACAUCGGUCUUGUGCCACCAGAGCCGGCGUUCGCAGUCAAGUCUGCGAAUGAGAUCCGUUGGCUUAUUCUCAAGUUCUUCUGGGCACAACCGCUGGGAUUUGCGUUUGAGAUGGUUGUUUCGAGGGUGUUGCGUGGUUUGGACACACCAAAACCGAUAUAUGUCAUGUUGAACAUCGUAUGGUUUGCGGCUUGGUGUUGUCUAGUGCUGCCUCUGCUCGGCGAAGCAGGUCGUAAUCUUGGAUAUUGGCGCAUGUGGCCCAUACCACUUAGUCCGUGGCAAGGCGUCACUCGAGGGAAGUGGCUGCCUUGGUACGCGUAG